UGAUUCUCCUUUGCCUGUUUCGUCGCGUGUCUGUUUUGUAAAGUUCCAUGAUCCGGACUCGGCAGUUGUGGCCCAGCAUCUGACAAACACUGUAUUCGUUGACAGAGCGUUGAUAGUCGUACCAUAUGCAGAAGGAGUCAUUCCUGAUGAGACUAAGGCUUUGUCUCUCUUGGCACCAGCUAACGCUGUCGCAGGGCUGCUGCCCGGAGGUGGACUCCUGCCCACGCCCAACCCGCUCUCUCAGAUCGGUGCUGUCCCGUUAGCCGCGUUGGGAGCUCCUGCUCUUGACCCUGCCCUCGCUGCUCUUGGGCUUCCCGGCGCCAACUUAAACUCUCAGUCUCUUGCAGCAGAUCAGCUACUAAAACUGAUGAGCACCGUGGAUCCAAAGUUGAACCAUGUAGCUGCAGGUCUUGUUUCGCCGAGUCUGAAAUCAGAUACCUCCAGUAAAGAAAUAGAAGAAGCUAUGAAAAGAGUACGGGAAGCACAGUCAUUAAUUUCUGCUGCUAUAGAGCCAGACAAAAAAGAUGAAAAACGAAGGCAUUCAAGGUCGAGGUCACGCUCGAGGAGGAGGAGGACGCCUUCUUCAUCUAGACAUAGACGGUCAAGAAGCAGAUCAAGGAGAAGGUCCCAUUCAAAAUCCAGAAGCAGGAGGCGAUCCAAAAGUCCAAGGCGAAGAAGGUCUCAUUCCAGAGAGAGAAGCAGAAGGUCUCGGAGCACAUCCAAAACCAGGGAUAAAAAGAAGGAAGAGAAAGAAAAGAAGCGCUCGAAAACUCCCCCCAAAAGCUACAGCACAACUAGACGAUCAAGAAGCACAAGCAGAGAAAGACGACGUAGAAGAAGCAGAAGUGGAACACGGUCACCUAAAAAACCCAGGUCUCCAAAAAGGAAGAUGUCCCGGUCCCCGUCUCCGAGAAGACAUAAAAAGGAAAAAAAGAAGGAUAAAGACAAGGAGAGAAGUAGAGACGAGAGGGAGCGGUCGACAAGCAAGAAAAAAAAAAGCAAAGACAAAGAGAAGGAUCGAGAACGCAAAUCCGAGAGCGAUAAAGACGUGAAAGUCACAAGGGAUUACGAUGAAGAAGAACAAGGCUACGACAGCGAGAAGGAGAAGAAGGAGGAGAAGAAAACAUCAGAUUCUUCCUCCCCGAAAGGCAAGGAGCCUGCCACCGACAAAGGCAGCGGCGAUUCCGCCCGGGAAUCCAAAGUCAAUGGGGACGACCACCACGAGGAGGACAUGGACAUGAGUGACUGA